AUUCCAAAAGAGGGCGCUAUUGUAUUAUUACUCCUUAGCGACCACGUAAACGCACACUUCGAAUGUGUACACUCUGUGCUUACAAAUCACCGAGAAAUCUCAGUUUUAUGCCUCAUUCUGAGAACCCAUUUUCCUGUGCCAGACAAUAGAAAUAUCCUUUGAGUGUUGUACCGCCGGUGACUAGACAUGGCAGUGCCGUUCUCCAACACAAAGCUGCGAGUUCCGAGAGGGUUCCAAAAUCUCCUGGAGGGUCUCGCCAGGGAAACGCUGCGUAACCAGCCGGAGAACAUCUACGCGUACGCGGCGGCCUAUUUUGAGAAUCUGCUCAAAAUCCGCGAAGAGCAAGGUAUCGACCCAGCAGACAUUGGGGCCAGACAUGAGGACCGCUACUACAACAAUCAAAGCUUCAAAAUGGGUGCCAAGGCCAACAUAGGCGACAUCAGCGACCCGCAGCAGCAGGCCGCCGCCGUCACCCUCCAGAGCUCCGUCCGAGGUCACCAGGACAGGCAGGCAGUAGAGGGCGACAAACAGACAGUAGAGGGCGACAAAGAGCCGGGCAGGACAGACGAAGAAGCAGCCGCCCUCAGGAUACAGACCAGCUUCCGGGGGUAUGAGGCCAGAAAGCGUGUGAAUGCUCUGAAAGACGAACAAGCCAAAGAGUCAGAAUCCGUCACCGAGACUGCCGCAGCAGCAGCAGAGCCAGCACCGGCAGCAGAACCCACACCGGAAGCGGUGACAGAACCCCCGACAGAAGCCCCCGGGGAGGCAACAGCAGAGGAGGAAGAGGUGGACAUUGACUUGGAGGACCCGGAGGUGCAGGCCGCUGCCGAGAAGAUCCAGGCGAGCUUCAAGGGCUUCAAGGUCAGGAAGGAACUACAGGAGAAGAAAUCGGCCGAGGAGGUUCAGGAACCACCAUCAGAAACAGUCGCCGAGCCUGUAGCAGAACCAGAACCAGCCGCAGAGCCUGAGGCCCCCGCAGAACCACAGGACACAGCCCAGGACACAACCCAGGUCGCAACCCAGGAGGAAGAGACAGAGCAACCCGCUGCCCCUGCCGAGACGGUAUCAGAGGAGGCACAGCCCGAGCAAGCAAAGACUGCUGAGGAGGCAGAGCCAGUGCAGGAGGCAGAACCAGCACAAGAAGCAGAGCCAGCAAAAGAGGAGGAGCCAACACAAGAAGCAGAGCCAGCUAAGGAAGAGGAGCCAGCACAAGAGGCGGAGCCAACACAAGAGGCGGAGCCAACACAAGAGGCAGAGCCAAAACAGGAGGCCGAGCCAACACAAGAAGCAGAGCCAGCUAAGGAGGAGGAGUCAACACAAGAAGCAGAGCCAACACAAGAGGCGGAGCCAACACAAGAGGCGGAGCCAACACAAGAGGCAGAGCCAACACAAGAGGCGGAGCCAACACAAGAGGCGGAGCCAACACAAGAGGCGGAGCCAACACAAGAGGCCGAGCCAACACAAGAGGCCGAGCCAACACAAGAGGCCGAGCCAGAGGCAGAGCCAGCACCAGAGGCGGAGCCCGCACAGGAGGCAGAGCCUAAACCAGAGGAGGAGGAAAUCGAUAUCGAUCUCAGCGAUCCAGAAGUGCAGCAGGCAGCACAGAAAAUCCAGGGAGGCUUCAGGCGUAUGCAAGCUAAGAAGUCCCAGGAGUCCGUCAGUGAAGACAGCAAAGAGAUGGAAGCCCCAGCCCCUGAAGAACAGGCUGUACCUACCGUACUCCAUGACAGCACCCCAGGACAGGAAGAUUUGGGACAGACAGAUAGUCAGGGGGAGGGAAAAGGGGUAGAUGAGGAUCACAGGUUCAGGAUUGUAGGAACGGAGGUUAUUUUGGCUAGUCAUGCUUUAGAGGGGAUGCAGGCUAUUCAGGAUAUUAUUCAGGGGGGUGUUAGAGAGGAAGGUGCUCAACCAACUUCAGAAGCCCCUGCCGCUGAGGUUGUCUCUGAGGUUACCCCUGAGGUAACAGCAACUGCUGAUGAAUCAGAUGUUGAAAAAGUCAGUGAAGCUGUUCAAGAGGUAACAGAGGCUUGUAUUGCUACAUCUGAAGCACCCACAGAGACCUUGCCGGAAGCUUCCACUGAAAUUUCACCUGAUGUUGCUUAUGCCGAAAAGGCCAAAGAAGAGGACACCCUGGCUGAACUUGGUGUUGAAGAUGUUCAAGAUGGUGCAAAACUUGAAGCUGAGGCAGCUGCAGACGCUGAGACAAAAGUGGCAGUGGAAUUAAGUUCUGAAGGCCCUCAAGAGUCUGGUGUUGAAACCCAAGCCACAGCUGCUUGUGACGUCCCUCCCGAGGUUGCUGUUGAGGUAGCUGCAGAAGAUGUUGAGGAUGGUACACCUGCUCAGGCAGAGGCAACUGCUGAUGCCAACACUGAGGCAACAGUUGUAGUGUCCGAAAGCAUUCAAGAAUCAGGUACGGAGAGUACAGAAACAGCUCCCGAGGCCACUGUUGAAGUUGCUGUUGACAUAGCUGUUGAAGAAGGUGCAUCAGCAAAAGCUGAGGCAGCUGAAGGUGCAGAGACUAAGGUGAAAGUUGAGGAUAGUUCCGAAAGUGCUAAAGAUCCUGGUGCUGAGACUGCAUCAACAGCUGCUGAAGAUAUUGAAGAGGCUGCUCCAGCAAAAAGUGAGUCAGUUGCCAAGGCUGCUACCGAGAUGACGGUAGAUGUAAGUUCUAAAGGUGCUCAAGAGUCUGCUGAAGCUCCCACUGCUGAGGUAGCUGCUAAAGAUUUUCAGGAAAAUGCAUCAGCAAAAGCAGAUGCAGCUGCAGAUGCCGAGACUGAGGUGACAGUUGAAGUAAGUCCUGAAAGCACUCAAGAGUUGGCAGCCACUGCUGUUGCUGAUGCUCCUGUAGAGGUUGCUAUCGAGGAAGUUACUGAAGCUGUUGGAGAUGAUGUAUCGGCUAAAGCUGAGGCAGCUGCAGAUGCUGAGACUGAGGGGAAAGUUGAGGAUAGUUCUAAAGGUGCUCAAGAGUCUGGUGCUGAGAGUGUAGCCACAACUGUGAUUGAGGCUCCUGUAGAGGUUGCCAUCGAGGAAGCUGCUAAAGUUGUACGAGAUGAUGCAUCAGCUAAAGCUGAAGCAGCUACAGAUGUUGAGACUGAAGUGAAAGUUGAGAACAGUUCUGAAGGUGCUCAAGAGUCUGGUGCUGAGAAUGCAGCCAUGCCUGUUGCUGAGGCUCCUGCUGAGGUUGUUGUUCAGGUAGCUGCUGAACCUGUUGAAGAUGGUGCAUCAGCUAAAGCCGAGGCAGCUGCAGAUGCUGAGACUGAGGGGAAAGUUGAGGAUAGUUCUGAAGGUGCUCAAGAGUCUGGUGCUGAGAGUGCAGCCACAACUGUGAUUGAGGCUCCUGUAGAGGUUGCCAUCGAGGAAGCUGCUGAAGUUGUACGAGAUGAUGCAUCAGCUAAAGCUGAAGCAGCUACAGAUGUUGAGACUGAAGUGAAAGUUGAGAACAGUUCUGAAGGUGCUCAAGAGUCUGGUGCUGAGAAUGCAGCCAUGCCUGUUGCUGAGGCUCCUGCUGAGGUUGUUGUUCAGGUAGCUGCUGAACCUGUUGAAGAUGGUGCAUCAGCUAAAGCCGAGGCAGCUGCAGAAGCUGAGACAGAAGUGAAAGUUGAGGAGAGUUCUAAAGGUGGCCAAGAGCCUGGUGCUGAGACCCUGGCCACACCUGCUGCUGAAGCUCCAGUUGAUGUUGAGGUAUCUGCUAAAGAUGGCCAGGAUGGUUCACCUGCUAAAGCCGAGGCUGGGGCAGAUGCUGACAUUGAGGUGACCGUUGAAGCUACCUCUGAGGUAUUUGCUGUUAACACAUCCAUCCCCGAAGCUACCCCUGCUGAGGUUCUGACUGAGGUUAAGGGUGAUGAGGUAACCAUUGAUACCAGUGCUCCUGAGGUCAAAGAUCCAGAGACAUCCAAUGAGACCGCCCUUGAGAAUGUCACCACUGAGAACAAGAAAUCUCCUGUUCUUGAAGAUCCCAAGAAAGAGGUUGCUGAUGAUCAAGAGAAAAACAUAGCUGAGGAUUCUGGGAAAGAUGUAGCUGAGGAUUCUGGGAAGGAUGUAGGUGGGGAUUGUGGGAAGGAUGAAGUUGGGGGUCCUGGGAAGGGUGACCAGGAGGACUCUGGUGAGGCAGAGGCUCAAGAUUCAGAUCAGGCCAACUCUGUUAACACAAAGGAAGAGGCUAGUGAGGUCAACAGCAAACCCGCUGAGGCCCCUCAGGAUGCCACAAAAAAACAAGAAGAGGAAGAGGAGAUUGACAUUGACCUCAACGACCCGGACGUAGAGAAGGCCGCCGUCAAGAUCCAAUCCAGCUUCAAGAACCUCAUGUCCAAGAAGAAGAAGAGCAAGGAGGUAGUGGAUACAGCCGACGGAACGGCCAGUUCUGACCAAUAACUUACCUGUAUAGGGUCUGAUUUGGAGGUUUUGAAAUAUCCUAGUUUUUAUAGUGACUUUAAGGUGGUACUUAUUAUAACAAUAUAUUUAUUUUGAAAGGGGUGUGGCUUUGACAAGAACCAAAAUUUUAUCAGAUCUGCAGCCUUUUACCCAUAUGAGCAUAGAACCACCACAGAAUCACCUCUAACACUGCAUUUGCACUUCGACUAGCAAUACAUUACGUACAGAUUAAUCCAGUGGUUUUGGCAUUUUCAAAAUUUGUUACAAUAUCAAGAGUGUUGUGAAUACAUGUUUAUGAAAUAUUAGGAAUGUUGUGACAAGCACAUAUGUGAUAUUAGCAAAAGUGUUUUAAACAAUGAUGCGGUGUGUGUCUGUACGUUAACACCAUGUACUUUAAUAACACAUAGAACAUGACCUUGUUAGUUUCACCUUCACUUUUUAGAGCUCAUAUUUCAAAACCUCCAAAUCAAAGUGUUUUUUUUCUAUGCACCUCUGUAUCACUCAUAUUCAUAUAUUUCCUGGAACUGUUUUGAUAGAAAAACAAAAUCAUGGUUAUAGAUGGUAGACAUUUGUAUUCACUGAUGUUGUAUUCUUAUCAGUUAGAUAUUUGAUACAAGAAGAUGAAAAUAUCGACAGAUCAGUACUUUACCUCAGAGUCAGAUAGUUUGGAUAUAUACUAUAGAAUAUUUAUAGAAUAGUUCUAUAAUAGCGAAUAUUUUUCUCUUUUAAAAUUCAGUGAUUGUGGUCUUCACAGUGUUUUUCAGCACAAAAUUGUUCUGGUAGAAAUGGAAAACAAUUUUUGAGAGUCAUGAUGAUCAGUUGCCUUGUAAAUUGCUUUUUUCCUUUUUGCUGUUUUAAUAUGGUUCUCAAGUUUAGCGUACCUCUUUGUCUCUAAAACAGAAAUGCACAACUAUUUAUUACAAAGAAUACUGCGUAUUCAAAACCUGCACAGAAAAGUAUAAAGUGGAGUGUAAUUACACCUUGUCUUCUUAAAUACAUGUUAAUUGUGAUUGGUUAAAACACACAACUGUUAUUCACAUUGUCCAAUAAGGCCACAGAAUUGACCAAUAGCGUUCAGCAAUACAUACAUGUAUUGGCAUACAUACAAGGUCUUCCAUGAUAAGGCAUUCUAUUGGUUCCUCGUUCAGUCACUACCUUGAAAAUUUCACCGAAUUUUUUGAAAACAAAAACACCCUUGAUGCACACACAGCAAAUUAUGUCC